AAAUUGACCUCAGUAGUACAGUAAUCUAUCAUUGGAGGUUCACCUUGCUUGGAAGUAUUUUUGACCUCUUACCAUUGUUGUGUGACACAAUUCCUAGGAAGAAGUGAGCAAAGAUCUACUCACCUCAGAGAGGAAGCCAAUAGAGAGCAAGUAGGAAUACUACUAAAGUCCAACAUGUUGAGCCAAUUGUGUUAUUGGUAUUAAUUAGCAGAAUAUGGAUGAGGGUUUAAUUACUGGAGCAGAAAUUACUCAAAAACAGCUGCAUUACUCCAACAUGAGUGACAAUCUGGGGCACACUGCACAACUUGCAGGUUCUUAAAAGCUAUGGCAGACACCAACAAGAUGAUCAUCAAUUUGGCUGUCUUUGGCAGGACUCAGAGUGGGAAAAGUUCUGCUGGGAACAUUCUUUUGGGAAGUACUGACUUCUACAGCAGCUUUGCUCCAGGCUCUGUAACCAAAGAUUGCAGCCUGAGUCGUAGUUGUCACCUCCAUGGCUUCAUGCGUCGAGGAGGUCAAGAAAUAAGCCUGCAGAUACAGGUAUUGGACACUCCAGGGUAUCCACACAGCAAGCUGAGCACAAGAUGUGUAAAACAGGAAGUGAAGAAGGCCUUGGUGCAUCACUUUGGACAAGAGGGUCUCCAUCUUGCUCUGCUGGUCCAGAGAGUUGAUGUGCCUUUCUUUGGACAGGAAGCAUCUAACUCAAUCCAAUUGAUUCAGGAACUUCUGGGAGAUUCCUGGAAGAAUUACACGACUGUUCUUUUUACCCAUGCAGAAAAACUCGAAGAGUCUGGGUUGAGUGAAGAGGAAUAUUUGCAAGAGGCUUCUGACACACUGUUAACCCUGCUAAAUUCUGUUCAGCACAGAUAUAUCUUCCUGUAUGAAAGAGGAAACUUAUGUAGUGAACAAAGAAUUAAAAUCUUAGAAAGAAUCAUGGAAUUUAUAAAAGAAAAUCAUUUUCAAGUUCUUAAUUUUACAUAAAAUUUAACUGAAAAGGAAAGAGCACUGGGUAUUAAUCAGGGUCCGAAAUCUGAUUUUAAAACCUGCCUUUCUUCACAUGCAUAUGGGGCAUGAGAAUUCCCUAUUCAGCCAUUGAGCCAUUUUGGAAAAAAAAUUGUAAAUAAAAACUAAUAUCAAGGAUUCAACAUUUCUUGAUAUCAGAAUUAUACUCAUAAGUAUUUAUCCAACAGAAAAGUGUACAUUUGUGCAUUUAGAAAUAUGCAUAUACAAGAAUGCUCACCGUGCUACCAUUCAUCAUAGUUAAAGACGGAAAACUAUAUAGAUGUUCAUUAAUAGAAUGAUAUUCAAAUUGUGAUAUUAAUCCACUGAGAUAUACAGUGUGAGAAUAAACAAGCUCAAUCACCUGUAAUGGUAGUAAUCAACCAUCUAAGUACAACACCAAGAGAAAGAGAAAGAGGCCAGACAUGAAAUGUGCUCAAUGACUCCAUUUGUAUGAAGGUCAGCAACAGUCAAAGACGAAUGCAACCCAACUUCUCUGGUGCGAAGAAGUGCUGGGAAUCAGCAAAGUAAAAGGAUGCUGUGGGGGUAGCUGCAGAGAUGUUGGUAAUGCUAUUGCUUGAUUUAGAAGCUGCUUUCAUUGGAUGUGUACCUUGUGAAAGUGACAAAAUUUCUUGUAAUGUAUGAACUCAUAACUGCAUUUGUGAGUAUAAUUGUUAAUGAAUAAA